GAAGGGGAUGCUGAUGCUGGAAUAAACAUGGCGGCCCGCGGCCCUGGGGCUGCGCUGGUGCGAGCCGCGGUCGUGCUGGGGCUGGUGUUGCUUUGGGCGGGCCCGGCCGGCGCCCGCGUCCAUCAUCUCACCCUCAAAGAUGAUGUGAGACAGAAGGUGCACCUGAAUACCUUUGGCUUCUUCAAGGACGGUUUCAUGAAAGUCAAUGUCAGCAACCUUUCUUUGAAGCCACCUGUGGACUCUGAUGACAAGAGUAGCUUGUCAGUGGGGUUCAGUUUGGAUCGAACAAGGAAUGAUGGGUUCUCCACUUACCUGGAUGAAGAAGUGGAUUACUGUAUCUUGAAAAAAAAACCAGAGCAAGAUGUCUCUGUUGUAAUCUUACUUCUGGACUUCAAAACUGAAGUUGUGAAAGUACGGUUCUCUGCAGAAGCUGCUGCUUUGUUACCUAAAAUUUCAUUCAUGUCUGAGGAAAAUGUUACUGCCUUAAGUACCAAGCCACUGAAAACGUCUGAACAGAGCAGUGAUGCUGGUAAAAAUCCUGCAGAGACCAAGCAAAAUACAGACAGCACAGAUAAGAAGUCCAAACGAAGUACAACAUCCUCCCAGAGCAUAGUGGAACAAGAACAUCCUGUUCACAAUGACAGAGGAACUUUUUCUUUUCAGUUUUUUUUUAACAUCAGCUCUGAUAACCAAGAAGGUCUCUACAGCCUAUAUUUCCAUAAAUGUGUUGGCAGUGAUGGGCCGACUAAUGAUCAGCGGCUAUUUAGUCUUGAUAUAGAAAUUACGGAGAAGAAUCCUGAAAGCUACCUCUCAGCUGGUGAGAUCCCACUGCCCAAACUUUAUAUUUCCAUGGCUAUCUUCUUCUUCCUGUCUGGGACUGUAUGGAUCCACAUACUUCGUAAACGCAGAAAUGAUGUCUUUAAGAUUCACUGGCUAAUGGCAGCCCUCCCUUUCACAAAAUCUCUGUCCUUAGUCUUCCAUGCGAUCGACUAUUACUACAUUUCUUCUCAGGGAUUUCCUAUGGAAGGCUGGGCUGUUGUUUAUUACAUCACUCACCUACUGAAGGGUGCGCUUUUGUUCAUCACUAUUGCCCUUAUUGGUACAGGCUGGGCUUUCAUUAAACACAUCCUGUCAGAUAAAGACAAAAAAAUUUUCAUGAUUGUCAUCCCACUUCAGGUACUGGCAAACGUGGCAUACAUUAUCAUAGAGUCAACAGAAGAGGGGACAACUGAGUAUGGACUGUGGAAAGAAAUCCUCUUCCUGGUAGACUUGCUGUGUUGUGGAGCCAUCCUAUUUCCUGUGGUAUGGUCAAUAAGACAUUUGCAGGAGGCUUCAGCAACAGAUGGGAAAGCUGCCAUUAACCUAGCAAAGCUGAAGCUUUUCAGACAUUACUAUGUUAUGAUUGUGUGUUACAUUUACUUCACACGGAUCAUUGCAAUUCUCAUAAAGAUUGCUGUUCCAUUCCAGUGGAAAUGGCUGUACCAGCUGCUGGAUGAAAUGGCCACACUUGUGUUCUUUGUCCUCACUGGGUACAAGUUCCGUCCAGCAUCAGACAACCCUUAUCUACAGCUUUCUCAAGAUGAUGAGGAUGACUUGGAGAUGGAAGCUGUGGUGACAACUUCUGGAGUAAUGGAAGGCAUGAAGAAGGUCAAGAAAGUGGUGAACGGUUCAGCAGAGCCACAGGGCGAGUGGGAAAGCAUGGCAUGAUGGACUGGACUAAGGCAGCACUUUCAGAGAAACUUUUUUAAUUUAUUAAUAUUACUCUCAGUGGAAAGGGAGCAACUAGCACUUCCCAACACUGAAACUGCAGAGUGGGGUGUGUCUAGGGGGAGCAAAGCAGUGCGGAAAUAUAACUAUUCCUCUGAUCAUAAGAAAAUGGGAUCUCUUGGUACCUGCAAGGAGUGUGAAGCUUUCCUAGGGAUUUUGGGUAGCCCAUUCUUUUUUCCCCUUUCUGGAUCGGUUAGGUAUUCUGAAUUGUUUGCAGUUGUGUUCUUCAGAAUGUGUAAUACUAAUGUGAAGAGAGACCUUUAGUGUGUAUGUAAAGUAUAUAUUUUAUAUAAUGCGCAUAUAUAUAUACACACACUUGCUAUGUAUCAUGUAUACUGGAAAUUACAAAGUGUGUUGGAAGGUGGGAAAAGAAGGUAAGAGAUGUAAGUAUUCUUUUUUCUUUUUAUAAACACUCCCUUUUGCUUGGACAAAGCAUUGCAAAACAAAUUAAUAGAAACAACUACAGUUAUUUGAGAGACUAAAUGGGGUAUUGGAUCAGGUGACUUCUGCCACUACUGACAUCAGUGGGAAAGUUAAGUAUCUUCUUGUCUUAUUCAUGCAGGUAUCCACUUGAAUGUGACAGGUUUUAAAAUGUAUUACUAUACAGGAAGCAAGUCAGUGUUCUCCAUUAAAAGCACUAGCCCAUAGUGCAAUAAGCAUUAAUGUAAAUUCUCCACUAUUCGUGGAGUUGCUGUUGAUUAACACCCACCUGACAAGAAGUACACAAGAGGUGUAAGACUGAUGCUUGCUUUUUAGGGGUCUGCCAUGCUUCUUAAACAUUUAACUUCAAGCUGUGACCCACAGCACUUUGAUCUGCUUUAUAAAAUAUUUUCAAGGUAUUUCAAAAGACACUCCUUUCUGGCACAGUAUAAACAGUACCAGAAUCUCCAGUGGAAAUCUGUCUAGCAAAUGUACUGUAGCAUCAAUCUCUGGUUCACCUUUAUCCUGAGUUAUUUAGCCUUUGUGAAUGGCUACUUGUACCUCUCUGGCAUGUAGGAAUAAUGAUACUACUGUUUGAGAUGAGCUGAACCGGUCAAAAUGGUAUUGCUGUCAAAACCAGGCAACUGCAGCUCCCAGUCAUAAAUGUUUUUUUUGUCAGGAAAGGAAAAGAUUAUGACCAGAGCCUCAAUGCAGGGGAAUACGAAGUCUUGACUAUUAGGUGCAAACUUGCAGCGGUGUCUUUAGAGACAUGUUACAAAUGCCAUGUACGUUUUAUCUGUAGUACUCUGCUAUUGUUAGGAAGGCAAGCUGGUGCCCAUAGUUGUAGUAGUAAGGCAUAGCAAAUGAUUAUUAAUUUGGGGGAGGACGGAAGUGGUUCACAGAUGCAAUGAGGAUAAGCUUUAAGAAAAAUAAAUCAAGUGUAACUCACUGACCC